AUGGCCUUCCCCUACAUCGACACGCCGCGCACUGAAUUUGACGGCAACGCGACUUACCUUACCAACGGGUUUCGCAGCGCGGGGCGAACUCAUUUGUCGGCAUUGGACUCGGUCGAAAACUCAUUCCAUACACCGUCUAAGGACAACGAUGUGAUCAAGGGCUUCAACAAACGCGUCACUCCGCGUGCGGGUGCUUCGAAGGCGAGAAGUGCGCUACGGCAUCUCCCAGCAGCAGGACCCGAGCAGGGAGAAUUCACCCCAUUGAUGAAGAGCGCGACAAAAAACAACUUCCUGAAGACAAUGUCUGCGGCACGAGGAACAGACGAUCCGAGAACCCCCGGGUAUCAGCGACAGAACUAUCGAAGCAACGCUCACACCCCCGGCUUACCCCCAAUGGACAUGUCGGACAUUUAUGAGGAGGAUCGGACGAUGGAAGAUGCAACACCACUUCCUCAAGCUGCUAGCAGUAGUGCGCAAAGUACACCAAUACCCAGAAUGGGACGCGACAGCGGAGGGGUUCUUGGCGGUGGUCAGAACAUGAUGUCGCUGAAGGAGCAAGUCCAGGCUAUUGAUAGACUCCAGAAAGAUAAUUGGAACCUGAAACUGAAGAUUCAUUACAUGGAGGAACAGUUAGAAAAAGCCGGUCCCGAAUACAACAACGCCGCUCUCAAAGAGAAUACCGAACUCAAGGUUUUGCGAAUGACCAUGCAACGCGAUAUUUCCCGAUACCAGAAGAGCCUGACACAGGCUGAGCGUGACCUUGAGGAUUAUCAAGUGCAGCUCGCAGAAAUGAAAGACAAAGCGUGGAAGAGACAAGCCGAUGAGACUGUACAACGCGAGAUGGACAUGAUGCGUGAAGAACUUGAAUCCCGCGAUAAUCAAAUCCGAGAAGCCCGUGACGAAUUGAGACAAGUGAAGGACAGUCAAUCACAAGAGACCGACAAACUUCGAGACGAGAUCGAGGACUUGGAGGCAAGCUCGAGAGAAAAAGAUCGGCUUCUCGAGGAACGCGAAGAAGAGCUGGAGGAGCUGAAGCAUAAUGGUGACAAGGACGAUGGGGCAGCCGCAGAGCUCCAGAUUGAGCUCGAUCGUGCCAAGGAGCAGAUGCAAGAUCUUCAGGCUAGCCUCGAACAGGUCAGGUCUGAGGCAAGAGAAGCAGAUGCCGUUGCAAGAGAAGCCAUCGCAGCGAAAGAUCACGCCGAAGAAGAUUUGAGAGAGCUUCAAGAUGAGAUGGGAAACAAAUCAUUCACCACCAAAGGAUUGAGUCGGCAAAUGGAAGAACGAACCGAGAGCCUCGAGCAGGAAGUGCAUGAUCUACGACAAGAAAAUGACGCCCUAAGUGCGGAGCUCGAAAACAAAACGAAUAUUGCGGCUCGCCUGGAAGAACGCUAUCAAACUAUGCAACAUGGCCUGGAAGACAAUGCCCAACAUCUUGUCCAGGAUCUUGACACUGCUAAGCGAGAGCGAGAUCAAGCUCAUGACGAUUUGAGGAGGACCUCCACGCGACUAGAGGAGGCUAUGGUUGAAAUGCAACAAGCCACAGACGAAAAGGAACUUCUUCAAACUCGCCAUCGUGCACUGACCGACGAAUCGGGAGGACUGCAAACCGAACUCGACCGAGCGCAAUCUAGGAUCCGCGAACUCCAGAAGGCUGUUCAGGAUGCUACUACCCGCGCCCAGGACGAAGGACACACAAUCCGUUGGCAGCACAAGGUCGACAUUGAACGACUGCAAGAAGAGAUCGAAAACCUUCAGCAUGAGAUCGAAGAGAAGGAAGGACGCUUCGCAGUUGAUCAAAGCCGAUGGGAGAGCAACAAGCGGACCUUGCUAUCAGAGAAAUCUUGGGCGGAGGAUCAAGUGGCGGACUUGAAGCGCACUAUUGACAGGCUUCAGGAAGCUGGCAACUCCUACUCGGGUAAGGAGUCUAGACUUCAGGAGGCCUUUGAUGCUGAGAAGAAGCGUAACACCCAAGACAUGGUUAUGCUGAACCGCCAAAUUCAAGACCUCAAGGAUGACCUCGCCAAGACAAGACGCGACCUUGAUGAGAAACAAGAUGAACUCCUUGCGGCAAAGCAAGAUGUCCGAGUAUCUCGCCGUGAAGAGCAAGCUCUCCAGGACAAAGUGCGAGCUUUGGAAGAUGAAGUUGUCGUGCUACAGUCAAGCCUGGCAGACGAACAAGAGCUCGCCAAGGGCCGACAGAACAACACGCCUGAACUGGAAAAAAUUAUGGAGAAAACCAUUGCCGAACGACAAAAACUUCGCGACGAGCUUGCCAAUGCUCAUGUUGAGCUCUACGACCUGAAGACAUCAGUGGAGGAGAUGGAGACGGAGCGUGCUGAGCUCCAGGCACAACUUGAACGAGCCCAGAGUGCAGAUGACACCACUCGCUUUGACCGUGAUAAGCUUGAAUUACGCAAAACGACGACAAGACUUGAAAAUGAACUAAACGCACUGCGAGAUGCCAAGACAAUCCUCGAGAACCAGCUUGUCUCUGAGAGUGAACGAUUCGUGGAAGAGGAGGGUCGCUUGUCUGCUGAGCUUGAUCGCCUUCAAGACAAAUUGCUUGCAGGCUCAGGCAACCGGGACCGAGAACUCACUACAGCCAAGACCAAGGUUCAGCGAUUGGAACGUCGGGUUCAGGAACUGGAAGCCAUCAUUGAGCAGCAGCCAGUGGCAGAUAACGAGCAAUCAGGGGCACAUGGAGAUCUCUCUUUGCUUCGACACAACCUCGACGAGGCUCGGAAACGAGAAAAGCUUCUGCUUCAACGUGAAUCCAAGCAAAAGUCCUCAACGCAAAAUUACAAGUCACGUAUUGAGGAGCUGGAGAAAGAUCUUCACGAGGCGAUGAUGAACAAGUUUGAUUCAAACUCCCCGCAUAACUCACCCUCAAACAAACUUCACGAAGAGCUACGCACCCUACGAAAGCAAGUGGCUGAAGCACACCGGUCUCUUCAAAAAGCGACAGCAAAGAAUCGCGAACUGGAGCGUGCUGCAAUGAAAGAAGAAGACCAAAAGGACUUCCAUGAACUUCUUAGAUCUUCGACCCUCGAAGCCGAAUCUCUAGCUUUGAAGCUUUCUGAACGAGAAGGACGUCUAAACGAAUUGAAGAAACAUGUUCUCCGCAUCCGCGAGGAACGAGAUGCUCACAGACGAGAAGCCGAAGCAGCAGGCGGCAAUCUUGAUGUGCUACAACAACGCCUAGAGGAAGCCCUCACAAAAAACACUCACCUCAAGUCAAGCAACAAGACUAAGCAUGAGAAGGAGAUGCGAGGCCUAGGCAAGGAGAUUAUCUGGCUCCGUGCACGCCUACAGCGGGAGGAGAAGUUCCGACGUGACUUAGCCUGGAGCAAGGGCUUGAUGGAACUCGGUGAACGUGUUCGGGUGGCAUGUAACGACGCCGAUCUACGCAUGAUCUCCGAGAUGGGCGUACAAGCCCGUGAUCGUACUCCCACUCGCACCCCACGCCACAAGUUACGAUCUGCCAUCUCUCUAGUGAGAGCUGCCGUCCGCAUGCAAAAGAUGAGCAGUGAUUGGAAGAGGACCAAGAAGCUAGGCGAGGGCUUGAAACGGGCCAAGACCGAAAUGCUUAAGCGUCGGGAGGGCUCGAAUAAGAGUUUGCUUGGGCAGUAA